UUAUGAAUCCGAAUCAGGCAAAAUUAAUCAAUGGAGUGACGUUUACGCAGGCUAGAGAGGAAGAAGAGCAGUGGUUUGAAAACACUCAGCCAUGGUGCUCGUCCAUCUAUAAGGACAGACUCGGAGUAAAAAGACUAAGAACGCGGCUAGAAAAUUUACUCAUAGACAAAAUUAGAGAAAAUAUUCCUAAACUUAUGGACGAUAUAAAUGACAAAUUGAAAGAGGCAGUUGGUAAAUUGAAAGAAUUACCUCAACCGCCCGUCAAUCCACAAAUCGAAAUUAACAGAGUGGCAAAUAUGUGUGAAGAUAAAAUUCGUUACAAGCUUGAACGCAGCGGAACCGAUUUGAAUGAUAAAAACGAUAAUAUGUGGGGGAAAAUUAAUAACCAGCUGAAAGCGUACAAGACGGCAAUAGAAAACGGAAGUCCGGCGUUUGUGCUAACGUCGUCGUCAUGUGGAACGCUCAUUGUCAAUGUUUUGCAAAAUAUUCCCUCAGGAAACCAUAAUAAUGCGACGUUUGAUUCAAUCCACGUAACCACCAUGGAAAUUGCAAAUGAAUAUUCGCCAAGAGAUGAGACAUUUAUCAAGGAAUCAAAGAAUGUUAAAGAUAUUAUUAACCAAAAGAGAGGCUAUCUACUACUUCCCGGUAGAGUUCCCCAUGAAGUUUCGGAUUCCAUAAUCAGAACAUAUCAACGUCACUGGGAAAAACAUUCGACGCAAUAUCUCAAAAAUAUGUUUGACAUGAUGUGGGGGGAGAUUGAACAGAUUAUCCGCGAUUCAGCGAAACAGUACAAGAAACUUCGUUUUUUCUUGGAGGGGCAUGCAAAGCGGCGGCUCGAGGCCCGCAAAGUGAAAUGCGAAGAACUGAUCGAGUCAUUUUCUGAUCUCGAGUUUAGGAGAUCAUACACCAAUGAUAAUCGAAUUGCAGAAAUGAAGAGCAAGUAUCAGUCCGAACUGGUCAAACUCGUGCCUGGUGAUCCGGAAGCUGCAACCGUGGUGGCCGAUGUAAAGGCUUAUUAUGAACUAUCUCUAAAAAGAUAUACGGACUACGUAUGCAUGGCGAUAACCAACAAGUUUAUUUUCGAUUUUUCAGAAAAUUGGCAAAACUCAAUGACUAGUGACAUUCUUGUUGACGAUAUUGAACACACGAGGAGACGCAUAGAACUAAGAGAACUCGUUGAAGAAGAUCCCAUUAUGGCAGAAAGGCGUAAAACGUGUGAGAAAACUAUCGAUAGACUAAGGGAUAUGAAAAAAGAAUUGGAUGUUUUUAGAUACUCUGCGUAA